GUAUUUAGUUCCGUGAGUCAAGUGAACACCAGUUUGCAUCAGCGGGGUUUUUUUACAUUAUUGAAGAUGCCAGGAGGAGAUAAAGAGACGGAUCUGUCCGAGCGCAUUGAAGCGUUUCUGGCGGAGCUAAAGCGAUGCGGCAGCGGCACGGGAUCUCUCCGGGGCUCCGCGGAAACUGCCCGAGAAACGACCGCUUUACUCCGCAGAAUCACCGCGCAGGCCCGCUGGAGCAGCGCUGGUGAGCUGAUGGAGAUCAUACGGAAAGAGGGCAGACGCAUGACAGCAGCGCAGCCAUCAGAAACCACCGUCGGGAACAUGGUCCGCAGGGUGCUGAAAAUAAUCCGCGAAGAAUAUGCGAGGUCGAGAGGCAGCAGUGAGGAGACGGAUCAGCAGGAGUCGUUGCACAAGCUCCUGACGUCCGGAGGAUCCAGCGAGGACAACUUCAGACAACACUUCGCCCAUCUCAAAGCCAAUGUCAUCGAAGCCAUCAAUGAACUGCUGACAGAACUGGAGGGAACCACAGACAACAUCUCCAUGCAGGCUCUGGAACACAUCCACUCGAAUGAAGUCAUCAUGACUAUCGGAUGCUCCAGAACAGUGGAGGCUUUCCUUAAAGAUGCAGCGCGGAAGCGCAAAUUUCACGUUAUCGUUGCGGAAUGCGCGCCCUUCUGUCAGGGACACGAAAUUGCCACAAGUCUUUCCAAAGAGGACAUCGAGACGACAGUCAUACCAGAUGCUGCCAUCUUUGCUGUGAUGUCACGANAGUCUUAG